AGGUUGGGCAUGAUAAAUAAAAAAACUAAAAACGAGACUGCAAUGCAAUGUAGUGUUUUCUUAAUUUUUUAUGAAAAUACUAAAUCUUACGUCCAUUUUUUGUUCAUGAUAAUUAUCCCAAAUAAGUGUUUGGGUUAUGGAGUCACCGCCAUUUUCAACACAUUCUGAGGCACCUCCUUUAAGUGAAGAUAGUGGUCUUAUAAUUACAAGUGGAUCGUUUUCUAGUGAUUCUGCCAGUGGAUGGCAUCACGUCGCAUCCGAGUUACAAGAAAGCGACUUCGAUGACAAAUCAUUGUCUCUUUGUGAAUCAACUGAAACAUCAGAACGCAUGUGUGGGGAUUUUUUUAAUACUGUGAAGAAAGGGCCUGGGAAAGUAAUACUUACAACUAUUGAACCACCGCCAGAAUUUCAGGAUAGCCCCGCACCGGAUGACAUAGAGAAAUGCCCAACUGUACACGUGCCUCCCACGGUCGUCUUUACCCAUGAUGCUACAGAUAAAGGCAAUACAUCAAACUUAGAUGUAGCCAUUAAUAUAAGACAUAUUUCACCUAUAUAUCCAAGAAAGUUGAAGCCAGAAACAUUGUAUGAAAGGCGUCAAUGUUUGAAUCAUAGGUUCGCGAGUCCAAGACUUCUUCACUUGAGUCCGUGUCGUGUUAAUCGACCUUCGUCAAGGAAUUCGCUGUCAUCAAGAUUGUCCAGCAGCCACAACUCACUUGUGACUCAAUUCCAAGCUGACGAUUCCAGUUUCAUCACGCAAGCUAUCUCGCAUGAUACUCUGACUGCAAAAACCUCCGACAUUACUGAUAUGUACAAUGUUCCGUUCGAUAGCGAUAUUUACGCGGUACCUAUUGAUAUGGUUCGGCCUUGUCAGAGCAAUAUAAGAAGUAAAGGGAAGAAACCACCUCGAAACAACAAAAAGCGUGGCAAAAAUACAAAUCAGAAUACAGCCCCUAAUAUCACUGCCAUUGACAAAAGUUUUAAGUCAAAGGAUACUAACAAAAAUAAAGAAGUUAAAACUAAAAGGCACAGCUUGCCAAGUUCAUCUUGUAAAAAGGGUACUGGGGAUUCGGACACAGAUUCAUUACAUUUAACUUUACGCGAAAUGAGGAAAUACCUGCAUACUCUUUAUUCCAGUUCCAGUGAUUCAGAAUGUAGAGCUACUAUUAAUAGGAAAAAUAAUCCUAUAGUGAACAAUGUUGGUAUACACGCGAAACAUUUAGGCAAAGAAGCUAGUUCGGCAGUGUUUUUAAAAGAAAGUAACGAUAUUUCUAGAACAGUUGAGACAAAUAAUAACCAUAGAAAAGCUAAUAAAAAUUCGUUUGGAAUGAACGCCAAAAAUAAGAAACAUAAAGAAAAUAUUCCUAAAGAAGCGAUUGAAAUAGAUAAGAGUGAAAAAAUUGUUAAAAAGAGUAUUUCAACUCAAAAUCAGAAGGUUAAAAUGUCGCCAGUAAGAAUAUUAUCGAUCAAUUUGAAACAGAGCUUUUGUAAUUUAUUUCGUUGGCGACGACAACCCGUGGCGGAGAAUGCUAAUGAUGUUGAGAAGGUGGGUGACAGCAAGGAGGACUCUCCGCCUGCAGCAGUGCGCCGUGCAUUACCACCUUUGCCGCAGACACCGCACGUGCACGCAGGACCUCGCCGAUCUAACAAUGAAGAAGAUACUGUCAUGGAUUUCGCCACUUCUAUACAAAAAGUGAAAGAUUACGGUUGGUAUUGGGGCCCGAUAUCGGUGGAAGCUGCUGAGAAAAUUCUUUCAAACGAACCUGAUGGCUCGUUUAUAGUCCGGGACAGCAGUGACGACCAUUAUAUUUUCACUCUGACGUUUAAGUUGAAUGGUCUUAGACAUGUAAGGAUUGAACAUGAUCAGGGUAAUUUCUGUUUUGGUGGCUGCACUAUGUUUAAAGCUCAAACCAUAGUAGAAUUCAUAGAGAAUGCAGUAGAGACGUCCCGAAGCGGCCGUUAUUUGUUCUUCUUGAACCUGAGGCCUGUGCUUGGUCCAGUACGAGUUCAACUGCUAUACCCGGUUUCAAGGUUUAAACGUGUGCAGAGUCUUCAGCACAUGUGCAGAUUUGUGAUAUUAAAGUACGUGCGUCGAGACCUCAUCAGUAACCUACCUCUACCUAGGCGUCUCGUAGACUACCUGAGUGCAACUCACUACUACUCGGAGCUUCUCGCCGAUAUGUAAGGCCCACCUACGAAGUAGGUCAACAUCACUUUUUCAUAACCCCGUGAUGUGACAAUAUUAUGCCUAUGUAUAGCUUUCACUGUUUAGGUAUAACACACGAGUACCUACAGAUUAUUACAAUUCAUUUUAAUGAAUUUAUCUUUAUUCGUCUUUAUUUAUUAUUAUAAGCGACUGAACAUAGGGACACAUGAAAUCAUCAGCGAUUUUGACACACUUGUCUGUAGAAUUUAGCACAUCGUCACAUAAAAAAACUAAACAAAAUAAUUUAAAUGUUAGGACCGUGUUAAUCGAGUUGUUGUUCGUUUUAGAAAAAUGUAGGUAAUAUUAUUCUGUGUGAUAUUAUAACUUAUAGCUUAUAAAAACAGCAGCCUGCCUUCAAGUAUAUGUUUUUAUAAAAUCAGACUUUAGACGAUAUUUUAAUCAACCUUUUGUUUUCGGAAACUGUCGAAAAGUUCCUAUGGCGAUAAUAAUCUGAAGAGAAUAGCGAUCGACACUGACUAGGCACAGAACAUCCUCAACUGUAGUCAUCGUAGAAUAAAAGGUGAACUCUGACAUUUGUCAAUCUAUUUACCAGUGUUAUAUCUUGUUAUGAACUUGCUGGAACGUCCACGCAAAAAAUUAAUCGAAUCAUACCAUAAUCUUAUAAUCAAAAUCAAUAAAUCCCCUAAAUUUGUUCAUACAAAAGUAGUCUCUAAACAUUGGAAAUGUCGCGGAGA